CUGGUGGCACUGACUGGCAGCACUGCUGGGCUGCACUGGUGGGUGGCACUGGUGGGCAGCACUGGUGGGUGGGCACAGGUGGGUGGCACUGGUGGGCAAAGGUGGGUGGGCACAGGUGGGUGGCACUGCUGGGCACAGGUAGGUGGCACUUCUGGGCACAGGUGUGUGACACUGCAGAGUGGCACAGGUGGGUGCACUGCUGGGCACAGGUGGGUGAUCUGCUGGGCACAGGUGGGCGGAGCUAGUGGGCGCACUGCUGGGCACAGGUGGGCGGAACUUGCGGGUGGCACUGCUGGGCACCGAUCAUCAGGGCACUGAUCAUCACGUGUCAUUGGACACCGCUGAUCACGUGGUAAAAGGCCGCUGUGAUUGGC